AUGAUCUGUGAAGCGCGAGCCCCCGAGUAUCAGCCCGUCUUGAUCAACUCGAGAAUGCGGCCAAGUGCUGGGCAACCGCAGCCUCCGUACGACUACGCUGACUGCAACAGCGUCCCGUACAGUCAACAGCAGCAGCAGCAGCAACAGUCACAGCAGCAGCACUUCCGAAGCGACGCCGGACCUUCGAUCGUCAACACGCUCGAAGCUCCAGCGUACUAUCAGCCGUUGCCCAAUGCACCUAAACACGCACCGCAGCAGCAGUCGUACUACGAGCCCAGCUCCCCGGCCGUCACUAUCUCCCAGUUCUCGUACGCACUGGACCAGCACAAACCCAUUGCAGCGUGCCAGCACCAGCACCAACCCACAAGAGCCGUCGGAGUACUGCAGUCCAGUCGUCACACUCAAAACUUGCUCGAAACCUCUCGAGGCCAUGGACCAAAUGUGCGACGUCUGUCGGUACCCUGA